AUGGCCAACAAGAAGAAGGGAAGCCGAGGGAAGGCGAUAAAGAGACAACGGAGGUCCAGGAGCGAGCGACUGAAGGAGAGAGAGCUACAGAAGGCGAAAGAGCAAGAGAAGGAGGAGAGAAAUCGAAAGAAGGAGAGCGAUUACGAUGAAGAGCUUGAGGUCGUUGAAGAGAAGCCAACGAAGGAGAAAACCGCCACCAAGGAAAAUUCUGCCAGUAGAGAGGACAAGAAAGUGAAAGAGAAGGAAAAAGAUAAGCCCAUUUCUGAAAUCCCCGCAAAGCCUGCCAUUACUCCAGACAUUGCCUCCGAUGUCGAGGGGGACAGUUUCCCUACGCGUGAACACGUACAGGAAGCAUUUGAGCAUGACAGCUUCACCGAAGAUCCAGCCGCCAUCCAGAACCAACUUCUCUCAGAGGAGACAACGAGCAGAGAUGCGGGAACGAGGACUCCCGAGAAAAGCGCGCCAACGGCGACACAGGAUUCUGAGGCUAUCAUUGAAAAGUACGAAAAGACCCUGCCAUCCAAAGACGCCGAAAUUCAGCGGCUGGAGGGCCGGAACAAGGCUUUGGAGGUUGCUGUUGCGGAGACAUUCGCGGUUCUCAAAGGAUCAGAGGCAUUGAAGGAAAAGUGCAUUCAGAAUCUGAAGAAGCAAGUCGAAACACUCGAGCAGUGUAUUCUUGAUAUGAUGGAGGAAGCGGCGUGUAGUGGAGUGGUGUUUGGCCCAGGCGGUUCCGAUAGUUGUUCAAGGUAA